UUUUGCAGUAAGGAUCAUCGAGCAAAGACAUCACACAGCUGCACCAGUAAUGACCAGGAAGAUCAGGUAAAUAAUAAUUACAAUGGACAGUAUGCCAUCUCACCUUUGUGUAUUAUUCUCUUGUAGUUUUUCUUGUUGAACCAGGGUGUUCUCCCUGACAGGCCAUAGCCCGACAUGAAAUAAAGUAUUCUGUAAGCUUUUUGGGUAUACCGGUAUGUAAUUACAACAGUCACUGUUGCAUUGUAGAUAAAUAAAUAAAAGUUCUUGUCAAGAAGGGGUAUAAGAAAGCAUUGUAUUAUUUACUGGUAUCUUUGACCAUAUUUUAUGAAAAACUUAUAUUUGUGAAAAAUGCACAACAUGUGUUUCAAUACUUGUUGAAAGGGAAAUAUGGCAAAAUGUGGGGCUUUGUCAUCAGAGUACCAGGAGUGUGCUAUUGAAGACUGCAGAAGUUGUGACUUGGUGCCUGUGUUGUGUGAACACUGUCAUAAUAAUUACUGUGUAAGGUAAUUGCAUUCUUUUUUGUCAUAAUUGUCAUUUUUUUGUCUUUGAGCUGGUGUUAUCACUGCAUGAAACAGCUAGCUGCCAGGAAAUUUUCGUGACUCAAGUUUGACCAUCUGCUUCAAAGGCUUAAGCCACAAUUUUUUUGCUUAGUAUCUGAACACCAACCUAGCUGUGACAGCUAGGUUUUCACAUGAAUAAUCACUAAAUCACUACUGUUAACCGGUUGUUGCUGAUAGCUUCUUUAGCUUACAACUAUACAAAGUUUGACUGUUACAAUAUGUAUCUCAAAGCUUCAUUUUGCAUACUAACAAAUGUGUAGUAAGUUUUUUCAGUUUUUAGUUUUUAAAAUAAAAUAUUAUGUCAAGAUCAUAUUAUUAUGUCAUAAUAAAUGAAUGGAUAAAUGAAUGAAUGGAAAUAAAUGAAAAUAAAUGAAUGGAUGUUGACCAUCAUUAAAUUAUUUAUAACGGUUCAUGAUCAUACUUAGGUGCCAACUGAUACAAUUUACUAAUAAUGUUUUUGUUCUACCACAGGCACAGACAUCAAACUGACCAUAAAUGCUCAGCUCUUCCUGAUAAGCAGGCAAGGAUAAAACCAGAGGACAGAAUAAAGGAAAUUAUUGGUGAAUGUUUAUGCCUAUAGUGAAUAUUGUAAUAGAAAAAAAAAUGAGAGAGGGUAACACAGGCACAAAAUUUGACAUUUUGUGGAGUAGAUUCUUAUUUUAGUGAAGUGAAAUGUCUGCAGUGUAUUUGGAAUACAUUUACCUGGGUCUUGAUCUCCUCAUAGGCUGCAGUGGCAGAUCCAAUCCUUCAGAUGAGAGGGGGGGGGGAGGUGCCGGUCAUCCAGACCCAGAGAUAAGGGGGGGGCACUCUAAAAAAAAACUAGCCUGGGCCCCCUUGCCCCCUCCCCUGGAUCGGCCAAUGGGCUGUUGUGUCAUCCUUGUGAAUAAAAUCCCUUUGACUUUGCUAGAUGGUUGGUAGGGAUGAUAGUUUGUCUGGUUGAGAAGUAAUGCUAUUUGUGAGAACAUGUACUUAUGUGAAACACAAGUUCUACUUUCAGUUCAUCAAGUAAUAAUUAUAGGGAUAAGUAACAUGGAAUUAUUAGUGGUACAGUGGCAGCAUGGAUGUUAGUCAUGAGUGCAUUUCAGCGUCCAUGGUAAUCAAUACUUUAUCGGUGUUAUUAAUUUUUUCUUGUCCCCUCCUCGGUCCUAUACUGAUUGGAUGUUGUGCUUCCUGCUUGUCUGUGGGCAUCCAUUUGGUUAGUGUGAAGUCUGAAGCUGACCUCUGGGAAUAUGAUAAUUGGUGCUUGUUGAAGCUAUUGAACUCAGUGUCUUCUUUGCCUAGAUGCUGAAAAAGCUGAUGGCAUCUGAGGCCCCAACCACAUUAAUCCAAAUAAAUUAGAAAACAUUGAUUUUCUAUGUGUUUCAUUUUUCAUACUGUAAUGUCAUGCUUAUUUUUCUAACCCUUUAGGUAAAGAACUUAAUAAAGAAAAGAAAGGUACUGGUUUUGCAAUCAGCACUUAUUAGGUAAAUGACCUAGUAGUGAUGCUGCUGGCUAUAAAUGGUGACAAAAUUAAUUGAGACUAAAAUUGAGACACUCUAUCUUAAGGGGUCUUUCUGAUGUUUUGGCGACUUUCAGAAGGGGAAAUGAAGUUUUCCCUCCCCCAUCCCCUCCACUGUUCAAGUUACCUAUAAAAAACAACAAACACCCCAGCUUUGAAUGAAGGGGGGAGGGGGGGGGGGGGGGAGGGAUUGGGAUUGCUUUGUUCUCCGAAGUUACACUAUUUGAGGACAGUGUCUCAACAAUUUUGUUUCUGAUUGUGACAUGCUGAUUAAUUCAUUUUCACAUAUUUUAUACGUUACGCUACUUUUAUAUAGAAUCAAUUUACUCAUAUCAAAUAUCUUACUUCAUGUUAUGCUGUCCGUGGUUUUUAGGGCCAGGUGGAAUGCGAAAUGAACGACGGGCGGCUAAGGUGGCAUUGAUGAAGAUCAAGAUGAAAGCAAUUGGAGAUCCUUCAGUCCCGCAGGUCUGUGAAAUAAGUUUACUAUCAAAAUCAAUAAAGGGUUUCACUCUACGCAGCUUCUAUAACACAACACCAAGAAACACUGAAAAACUCAUUCCAGUGAUCUUUCAAUGAUUGGCGGUUGUUGACAUAACUUUGUUAUGAACUUCCUUGAAUAGAGACUUCGAUGAAAGUUACAUAGUCUUAACGUCUAGAGUAUUCUUAAGUCAGAGGUGAAUCCAAACUGAGCUUUGUUUACUUUUCAUGAAUCUGAGACCGCCAUCCAGUUAGCUCAGUUGUCCGAGUGCCAGGCUGCUGAGAGUGAGAGGCCGUGAGAUCAAACUCCAGCCGCCAGAUCACCAACCAAGGUUUUUGAUAAACUGGUGCCGAGAUCAUGUUAUUAAAACCCCUUCUCAGUUCAGAUGAUCGCGUCCUUAGGUGGUGAUGUUAAGCUGUUGGCUAUUUGUCUCCUCUAUUAGGCCAGUACAUGCUGUAACUGUUUGAAUAGUGAACUCGGGAAUAUUACAGACAGUUCUUUCCUUAAUUUCCAGGAUGAACGUGUUUAUCUCAGAGUUUUAAUGCCAUUGGGUAACAAAGAAAGAGAACAGCCCAUGUUUUUCUCAAAGGUAAGCACCUGAUAUCAAGAGAGAAUGGGCUAAAAUAAUAACGGAACCGUGCGGUGAUUUACAAUGGCUUCCUUUUGACUGGUUAACGCCAAUUCGAAAGUACGAAAUUUGGAAUUUCAUUAUUCUGUUUGAGUCUAUUGCUCAACGCACUUCUUAUUAGAAAGGACGUAAUAAAUAAUGUUCAGUUUGUUUCCUCUGUCAUGGCAUGUCUUUUUCAUCGCAUUGAAGCAAUUUGAUUGGUUAGUUCGGUUUUAAUAUAUAGAUUUAGCCAGGGCUAAAAGCGAAGCUCUGGUUAAUAAUAAUUGUAAACAAAAAAAAUUAAAUCGUGUAAUGCUAAACGGGGAGGGCAAUGAAAAUGGCAUCAAGAUCAAUAGAUCUAAUUAGCAAAAAAAACAAAUUGCACGCGCAGCACACUUUUUUUUCUAAUUAGCAAAAAAAAAAACAUUUGCACGUGCAGCACGCUUUUUGUCUUUCUCUGCCGUUGUUUUGCGCAACUACAACGCUGUUUUGUAGGACUAAAACGUCAUACAUCCUAGUUACACGUUAUUUUUAUGGAGGAAUUGUCGUAUGAGCUUACCCACUAUUUUGUCUCCUGUGUUCAUGUUCGCUUUUAUUUUUCACUGCCGCUUAUUUUUACCUUGCUGGCCGCUAGCAUUUCUCAUUGUCUCACAGCCGCUUUGAAUUUUCAUGUUUUUCUUCCUAAAAAAUUCGUCUCUUUUGUUUUCAAUCACUCGCUUUAGCUCUUUCUCUGUUAUCCACGUGAGUGUAAACAUCAAAAAUAACGUCGAAAAAGACACGACUUUGUUGUUGUUUUUUCUUUCUAAAAAUCCAGACGGCCAUGCGAUUUCUUUCCAAAUAAAACCUUGAGUUGCAUUUGGGUUGCCAGACCUGUUGAUUGAAUUAUUUUACAUUGGUAUGCCUGUGGUGCGGACGAACGGGCGGGCAGGCGGUCGGUGUACGGUCACGUGAUUACCAAAUUUUCUCGGAUGGGUAGUUUACCAUAUUUUCUUACCCAUGGUGCUCCGCUGCGCGCGCUUCGCGCGUGAGAGCUCUGCUAUUACAUUUCAAAUUUUUAUUUAUAGAAUAUAAAAUUCUAGGCCUUAGUCUCUGCUCAUAGUUUUCAGAAAACAGGUUUUUUCUUCAAAAUAUAAAAUUUACAAUGGCAAGCCGUUAUCAUUUUUCUUCGAAAGUCUUAAUUCUAUUAAAACUGACCGUGCUUACUGUUCUCCGUCAGUAUUGGACCAUUGGCAAGAUCAUUGAUAAGAUUGCUGUGGCUGCCAAGCUAAAGAAUGAAAAUAAUGUAAAUCUAACAGAGAAGGUAAGGUGUGCUUUGCUUUUUUUUGCUGUCAGUUGUUUGAACGAGGUUAUGCCAGUUUUCUUAAUGUUUGUCCCAGCGUUUAUCAAUAGCGUUAGCCGAAGAAUGUGUUACUGAAGGAAACCAUGAUUUUUAACGACACAGUUUUGCCUUUCCACUUACUCUUUUUGUGUGCUGAAGGUCUAAAGAAGUGCGUCUCUUCUGAGUUGCAAUUGUGUUUCCGAAGAUGUUGAAGAUGUCUUUACAACGGUUUUGGGCGGAUUUCAAAACGGGGAUGAGGUUUACGUGUACGUUGGCUUAAAAAGGAUAAAAAUUUAGAGGUUAAUCGUUUUGAGGUAUAAGCCGAAUAGACAAAGAUACUGUUCCACAAUGUACCUGUUCUCUGAUGGUGAAUACCUAGUAUGAGAGGAGGGAUUAUCUCUGGUGUGUUAUGGGAAGAAGGCUUUUAAGUGCAAUGUAUAAAUAUGUUUUUCGUUUGAAUGUAGAUGGUGCCAUAAACAAUGGCCGCAGGGGCCUAGCCAGGCAGUUUUCCGUUUAAGCCCAGGAUGUUAAAAGGAAUAAUAAUAAUAGUAAUAGUGAUAAUAAUAACAAUAACAAUAAUAACAAUGAUAAUAAUAAUAAGAAGAAAUCAACAAUGAUAAGAAUAAAAUGAUGAUGAUGAUGAUGAUUAUGAUUACAUGUACUGAUAUUUGUUUGUAUGGCAAAAAUUUAACAUACGUUUUGAAAUGCGCGUUUGAAGACAUUAAAAUAAACUAAAGAACUGACCAAGGUAAUAAUAAUUAGAAAUACUACAAUCCAGACGUAUAAAGAACAAAAAUGUAAAGUGCAUCGGUAAAAGGCAUUUUCAACUAAAAUAGGUGUUCCUUUAGAGCUUGCUUAAAAUGAUUCAGAACACUAAUUUUCCUGAUAUCAACUUUUUUGCCAAAGUCGCGCGCGAAUAGUAACUUGCAAAAUUUAUCGUUGACCCUGUACUGAGUGCACAUUUUUUAUAUAACAUUAGACAAAAAUGAAAUACCACUGAACGAGCCGUUUUCCGAAAAUGAAUGCCAUAAUAAGCUCUGGGAGGAAAAUCUGAGCGUCAGCGUUAAUUGUCUACUAACCGUCACUAAAUGCAAGUUUUUUUUCAUUUUUUGUACGAAAAUCUCAGAGUACUCUUUCGCAGUCAAUGAGCAUCUCUUUAGGCGCGUGCAAGAGGGCUAAGGAUGAUAGCCAAUCUGUUAGCAUCGUGGAUCGUUUGUUCGUUUUUACCCUCCUGUUGGUACUGAGUGAUCUUUGGCUUCACAAACGUCUCUGUAAACUUGUCAUGAAACUAUAAAUUCAGUUAGUUAGUAGAAAAAGAAGUAGAGCCGGGCCUGGACUAGGCUUCCUAAUCGGCGGGGCCUGAGUGAGAACUGCUCAUAGAUAGCGAAACAGCGAGAUAACGGAACAAUGUAACUUCAAGAAAUUUAGGUGGAGAUUAAGAACGGAAAAUGUAAACUGCUCUCUGCGGACAACAAUUGCAGUAUUGCCAACCGCAGACUUUUGGCUCUAGAAUUUUCCAUUUUUAGCUCGAUCGAGAACUAAAUGUUAUUGAUAAACUACUUAAUGAAGACGUGAUAACCUGCACUUAUUUUUGCCUCAAAUUCUUGUUAAGCCCGGGCUUAAUGGCUUAAAGGCAGCUACGCCCCUGGUGAGACUUAGUACCGGAAGUUAUGGAGAUUUUUUUUGCCGAAAAUACGCACUGAUUUUGAACGUGGUAAAAGAGACUUAACGGUCGUUUAACAUACUUCAUAACAAAACAAAGCUUUCAAAAUUUAUUGCAUUUAUUGAUAUUUGGUUAUAUCAGUAUAUAACUCAUCUUACAUUGACAUCUUUGUCUAACUCCAUCCAACAUAGUUGGAUGUAACGUAUUGGAUCCGUUUAAAUCCUGGCCUUGCUCUACAGUAUCGGAUGAUUUCGGAUUAUGCUGGAACACGUUUAAAUGAGUUCAAACGUUCGUCCCACUUCCAGGGGAGCAAUACAUCAGAUACAUGCGUGUUUGAAACGGCCCUAUUUCACUCAUAUCUUAGUAGUGCGAACCUAACGUGACUCUGACAAAAAUCUCCGAGAAGACUAUAGUGGCUUCGCGAUAAAAUCGGAAGCUAAAAGUAUUACAUCACGAAAGUGCUGAUUAUGGUAAAAUUGUCAAUGACUAACUUUAUUUUAUUUUUUCUUGUUUUUUUUUAGAAGUUGCGAUUAAUUAAUCGAAACACUGGUGAAUUGCUGACUUUGCAAGAUACUUUGGAGUAUUUGCUAGCACAUGAUGACGAGCCUCUGUUGAAUGGAAGUACAGUUAUAAUGGAAUAUGUGGACAAAAACUUAAGCAGUGUAUUACCUGACCUAGAUAAAUAUCCUAGAUGA